GACGCGACUAGAGUAGUGCAUAAAGGAAAGUGAGAGUGAGAGAAGGAUUGUGGGGAGGACAUGGGUCUGUGUGCUGUGCUGUUGAUUUGUCUCUCACAGGCAGAGCUGACCAGAGUGUGGGCUCAGGAGCAGAGAGGUAUAAUUCAUGGGCAGUCAGCGAAGGCUGAUGGAGGUCCAUCAGACAUCCACAGAACAAAAAGAGACCAGCAAGAUUCCAGCAGACACACUCAGAACAGAACUGGACAAGAGUCAGCCAACAGGCUGUCCAUUGACACACUCCCUGACAAUAUGACACGAGUGAUGGAGGACUCCCAGAUGUACUACUCCUGGCGUAGUUUUGGUCCUGGUGACAAACGGACACAGGAUCUCUGGGUGGAUCUUGAUUCAAUGCAUCAAGGACCUGUCAGAGUGCACGCUAUUCUAUCCAACACACACAGACAAGCAUCGCGGGUGGCACUAACGUUUGACUUCCUUUUCUAUGGACAUCAAGUGAGACAAAUCACCAUAGCAACUGGAGGGUUUAUUUUCACUGGAGAGAUAACACACCGCAUGCUGACAGCGACGCAGUAUAUUGCUCCACUCAUGGCAAACUUUGACCCCAGUUUUUCUAAAAGCUCCACUGUGCGGUAUCUGGACAAUGGUGACAUAUUUGUGGUGCAGUGGGACAAAGUGAGGCUGAAAGAUCGAGAGAUUGAAGGAGCUUUCACCUUCCAGACUGUUCUCUGUCAUAACGGGACCAUUGUUUUCGGCUACAAAGACGUUCCUUUGCCUGUGGUGAAAAUUAACUCCACUGAGCAUCCAGUGAAAGUGGGACUGUCUGAUGCCUUCAUGGCUCUUUCGUCUUCUCCACAGUAUCCAGAUGCUAAACGACGAACUAUUUAUGAAUACCAUCGGGUGGAGAUUGACGCAACAAAGAUUGUCAAUAGCUCAGCAUUUGAGUUCACCCCCUUACCAACCUGCCUCCAGCAUAAUACCUGUGAACAAUGUAUCCAGUCCAACCUUACAUCAGGCUGUGGGUGGUGCAAUACUCUACAAAGGUGUUCAAAUGGAAUAGACCGAUACAGACAAGAAUGGCUGGACUACAGUUGCUCUGAGGAGGCAAAAGGUACAUGUGACGAUUAUGCGCAGAGAGGACCAGACAGUUCAAUCAGCCCUUUUAAUUCGUCACUGUCAGUGAUGACUCCUUCCCCUGCAGCUCGACCUGCCAGUCCUGUGACCGAAGGUGAGGAAGAAGCACCAGAACACACAGCCAUCAUUGCAGGUGUAGUGGCAGCUUUGGUUCUACUGGUGUUCUUGACCUUGUUGGCUGUCUACUACAUUAACACACAUCCAACUGUUGCUCCUCCUUUCUACCUCAUGCAGCGUCACACCAAUAACUAUUGGCCCUCCAUGAAGUUUCGGAAUCAAGGAUGCAAUUCCAGCUAUGCUGAGGUUGAUCUUGGGGGUUACGAAAAAGAGGGGUUCAUUGAGGCGGAGCAGUGCUGAGCAGGCAGGACUUUCUGUGUAAUGAAAUAAUUAUUUUGUAAUUUUUCUUGAAUGAUUAUAGGAUCAUGGACAAAUGCGCAACAAGAGGAUAUUACUGUUGAAGGAUUAUGUGAGAGUUUUUGUGACCAUUUAAAAGAUAAUUUGAGAGUUUUGGGAGCUUUUCUCUGUCUCUGUCUCCCCACAGUUGGCAGUCCAUCUUACAACACCUUUUAUGCUGUUGUUUAUAGUAAAGGAAGUUUUAAGUUCUAAGAGGUACUAAUUGUAACAAAGACAUGGUGAUUGUGACCAACAAAUCUGCUAGCUACACUCCAUGAGAAUGUGAUGUGUGUUAGCCAAAAUUAUUGCAAGUUAAUGUACAGUGCAACAUAUCUUUAUAGAUUUUUUUUUCUUUUUCUGUUUUUUAAUACAUUUUGUGAUGAGUUGUGUUCAGUGGAUAAACAUUGCAUAAUAUUCAGUUAUCCACAUGGACUUGACAGCACUUUAAUUCAAAUAGCUUGCUCUAGUAUUAAUGAUAGCCUAUGUAAUACCACACACUUUUUUUUUUUUUUUUUGCCCUGUCAAAUUUUGCCCUGUCAUUGAUUCAUAAAACCGAAACUCAGUUUGCACAUAAAAUAUUAAUGAAAUGCACAAAUAAAUGCAACAACUAAAUUUUUUAAGUAAAUUUACAACCCGAAUUCCAGAAAUGUUGGGACGUUUUUUAAAUUUGAAAAAAAUGAAAACUAAAAGAAUUUCAAAUCACGUGAGCCAAUAUUUUAUUCACAAUAGAACAUAGAUAACAUAACAAAUGUUUAAACUGAGAAAUGUAAAAAUUUUAUGCACAGGAUUAG